AUGGAAGCGCCCACCGCCCCGCCCGUCACGCUCCUCGGCCGGCUCAGGGCCACCCCGGCCACCAAGCGCCGGGGGUUCGGCCUCGCGGAGAUCUCCAUCCCCGAGGAGCCGGCUGAGGGCGACGCGACGCCGUUCCGCGUCAGGAACACCUUCAUCGACCCCGUGGUGAAGCGGACCCCCUCCCUGGAGGACUUUUUCUGCGAGCGGGCGGUGCAGACCUGCCCCGGCAGCCAGGUGGGGCGGCUGGAGGGCCUCUUCCAGGAGGAGGGCCCGCUGCCGCCCACGCCCACCAGGCUGGCGAGCACCCCGGCGGCCGCGCCGCCGUCGCCGGCCGGCGGCGCGGACCCCUGGGGCCGGAGCGCCGGCUUCGGCGCCUCGCCCACGGCGGACGUACAGGCCGGCGCCGAGCGCCCCGGCCGCGCGGGGCCCGCCGAGCCGCUGUGGCCCACCGCGCUGCUGCCCGACGCGGCGGCCGGGCCCCGCGCGGCGCCCGAGCUGCAGCCGGAGAUCGUCUGGCCCGCGGCCGCCGGCCUCGGGGGCGCCGUGAUUGCGUAUGAGUCAGAGUGA